ACGCUGACUUCUGUGGUCCAGGCUUGGCUGAUUUUCAGUUCUUGCGACACAAUUAAAAAAAUCUGCGAAGUUGAAGGCGUCGUUGAGGUUGGAUGCUUCUAAGGUAAUCUUGGUUCCAUAUUGUGCUUAUCUUUUGGAAUUAGUAGGAUCUGUUUCUGCAAUAUUCUAUUGCAAUUCCCGUGGAGGCCAUGGCCAGCAGAGGAGUAUCCAGGCCAAAUGGUCAGUCACAGGCCAGCAAAAUCUGUCAGUUCAAACUUGUAUUACUCGGGGAGUCGGCUGUGGGAAAGUCCAGUCUAGUGCUGCGAUUUGUUAAAGGACAAUUCCAUGAAUACCAGGAAAGCACAAUUGGUGCUGCAUUUCUUACACAAUCUGUCUGCUUGGAUGACACGACAGUCAAGUUUGAGAUCUGGGAUACUGCUGGACAAGAGCGAUAUCACAGUCUAGCUCCCAUGUAUUACAGAGGUGCUCAGGCUGCCAUUGUAGUCUAUGACAUCACCAAUCAGGAGACAUUUGCAAGAGCAAAGACAUGGGUGAAAGAAUUGCAGCGACAAGCAAGCCCCAGUAUUGUUAUAGCGCUGUCAGGAAAUAAGGCAGAUCUGGCAAAUAAAAGGAUGGUGGAAUAUGAGGAAGCACAAGCAUAUGCAGAUGACAACAGUUUGUUGUUCAUGGAGACAUCAGCAAAGACUGCAAUGAAUGUUAAUGACCUAUUUUUGGCAAUAGCCAAGAAGUUGCCAAAGAGUGAACUUCAGAAUGCCAGUGGAGCAGCAGGGCGCAACAGAGGUGUGGAUCUCCAUGAACCAUCUCAGCAGAACAAGAGCCAGUGUUGUAGCAACUAAGAAUGAUGAAGGGAGCUUGCUCCAGUUAACAACUGCACAUUUGAUAAGAAGUGGAAAUUCAGUCUCUCCAUCCAUGCCUUUUUUGCAGUGCUUCAGUCAAGAAAGUACUUGCAGAAUGGAUAUGGAACUUAAACCAGUCUUUACUUUGUAUUAUAGAUGCAAAAUCACUCUUUACCCUCUUAAAUGAUGUUCAUGUGGAUGCACUUGUCUCUAGAACACAAGUUCUUCAAAACCUGUUUUAAACAUUGUACAUUAAGAAUAUGCUCAAAUUCCAGUGGUGUAACUUUAUUUGUAUUUAGCACAAAAGCUGCAGUAUCCCCACUUAUUAAUUCUUGCCCUGUAUUUUAAAACAGCACAUGAUAUAAAUCAGUAUUUACAUAAGCUUUGACUGACAGGUGGUUUUUUGCAGUUCAGCAAAUUGUAGGAAUUGGCCCUUUCUAGGAUGGCAAGUCUAAAAGGGGUUCUGUACUGAACAGUAGGUUAGUUAUCCUAGAGGAGAAAUUGGCUGCUAAAAUCUGUUUAAACUCUGGCUACUAGUUCUUGGUGCAAUAAGAUUGUAGGUCACUGAAUACUUGAGCAUUGUGUAUACUUCUGAAUUAACAUUUUUUAGUUUAAAAAUACUGUAGGUGGCACCUUGGUUUUAAGUAGUUCUGGGAAAACUGGGCUCUCAGCAUGGAUGUUUUAACUCUGUUCCCACUGUUCUCAUUCUCUGUAGUGCUUGUGUAGGAUAAGCUGUAGGAAGCAUGUAAUUAUUUUAAAAACCUGAAACCAUUAAAAGGGGAGUAUGCCACAGAACUAAUGCAUGGGCCAAACAAGUGGAUAGACAUUCAAAAUUCAGCUGUAAUUUGCCUCUUGAUCUUGAGCUGUGCCAUAAAUUGGCUAGCUCCUGAACCUUUUCAAUGGAGUAGGAACUGAUGAACAAGCUCUAUGCUUACUGACCACUACAUGUCCUGAAUAGUUAGUCCAUUUACUCCAACAAAUUUGGUUCUGGCUCCUGAAUUGUGGCAUGACUGAAGUGAUGCAUACACAGCACUUCAGUUCUCCACCUGACGCUGUCAAAGUUGGGUUCAGUAUUGGAGCAUGUGGGAAAAACUCGUGUUGGAUGCACCAUAAGGUGGGAGAUUUGACUUUCUUGAUGGAGUUUUUUUUUAAAUGGCUGCAUUUCAGUAAUUUGGCUGCAUGUUUUAACUGUGGCAGUGAUCCAGUGAAAGAACUAAGGUUUUUCAUGGCUUUAUCAAUUCCUCUUGAAUUUGGUUUCCACUAUAGAAACUGAAAGCACUGCUAAUUUUGGCUAUGCAAUAGGAUACUGCAGCUUUAACAUCUAGUAAAAUACCUUAAUUUUGCCCUGUUGCUUGCCUCCCACAAAUAUUUGACUUGAAAAUCAAUCAGAUUUGUUGAAUAUUUGACAUUCUGUCCUUCUCUUACACUAACCAUCACAUCCACACAUAACUUGCAAACACUUGAACUGAGGCAACCUGAAAUAUUUGACAUGGGAAUAGUUUCUCUGCUUUGGUUUGCAUAAGAACACCAUUCACUUUUUGGAAUGAAUUAGUAGAAAUGAUUCAAUAGUUGAAUGGUCUUUGAAUGUGGAUUCUUUUACAAAUUGCUAAUUGCAAUACAGCAACCUAUACAGUUUGCAGCAAUUUCACAAUGCUUUUCUUUCCCAUUGAACAUCUAUAGGAUGAAAACCAGUCAAUUCCCUAACGACCAGUUGGAUCUACAGAGCUUAACACUUAAACCAAGUUUGUUCUUGUCUGUAAAUUUUGUGGAAUUGGUUAGCAUAAAGAUCAAGGUCUGAUUUGGGUAACUUAUUGAUGGUGUUCAGGCACAGCUGUCUGCAGUGUAGAAAGAAAUUGGGCCAAAGCCAAGCACUUUGAUAUCAGCAAAUCAGAUUUGAAUUUUGAACAUCUGAGGAAUCUGAUGCAAAAAGUGAGAGUGGUGAUUUUUUGAGUUUUUAAAUUGAGCCUUUUAUCAGUGUUUUUGGGCACAUGAUGAAUGAUUAGGCCUUGCAUAGGAAUUUAAUCUUCUGAUGCACUUUAGUGGUUUUUCUCUCAUAGUUGUCUAACCUGGUGCCUAGUUGCCCAUCUCUAUACACAUGCAGAUCCAGGCACGGAAAAUAUUCCAGAAUUUAACCUUGAUAUCAAAGGGGGAGGGGGAAAAUGACUAAAAUACUUGGUUGUCACUUUGGCAUUAUGACUCCAAGGGUAUGUUUUUUUAAAGUUCACUUUUAUUGAAUAUUUUGAACUUGUGUAGUUGUUGCUUAUUUGGGUAGCUUGGUUCUUGCAACCUAAACUGCACUUGUCAAAUCUGUCUUCACACAGUAGAUAUGGUUUCUUCAUGGUAGCUGUCAAGGUUGGGAAAUGUAUUUUGUACUAAAGUCACUUGAAUCAGCAUACAAGACUGGCAGUCUGUUCAUUUCUACAAGGCAGCAUUACUCCACUAAUCCUGUGUUUUUUUUUCCCCCUCCAAAUGGAAGUGAACAAUGCAAUUAUGGGCACUUGAUUUUAAAAAUAACCACUAUGCAGGUCCUGAAACAGUUGAAUUUCAUGGCAAGAAACUGGUCAAAUGACUCGUGACUAUAAUGCCACAAUCCUUUAUACAAUUUACUGUUUUUGUAAUUAAGCCAUCUUUAAAUUUGCAAUUAAAUCAUGGUCAUUCUAAUUAAGGUAUAUAACAAUGUACUAGAUGGCCUUGUUUUUGGACUUAAUUACUAUGGACAAUUUUGGUGCAUCCUAAUGAGGGUAUUCGGCCACUGAAAUGUAUUUGGGACAACCUGGAUUUGUGCAUUGAGGGCUUCAUUUUGUAUAUCCUUGAAGAUUAAAAGUUAUUGCCUAGAAAUUGCAAUGGAGUCUGUAGUGUAUCACACCAUGCAUCAUAAUUCAUGAUACCACAAAUUCUCUCGAGUGAUUUUUGUUUUUGUCCUGUUUACUUACAAUAAACAAUAUAGUGACUGCACUUUGUAUUUAAAUUAAAUUUCAUUUAACUUGCACGACCUUGAAUUAUGUGGAUAGUUGCUAACAACAUCAGUUGGUGCAAGUGACCAAGAAAGAAUUUUUUUUCUUUUUCUCUCCUUUCCCCAGCCCCACCAUGUAACAAAUGGACUGCUAAUCAGUUGAACAUUGUACUCUGGUUCCUAGGCAGCUUGAGUGAUACCAUAGCAGAUCAGUAUUUGUCUCCUAUUUUGCCAAUGGAUCCAGAAUUAUUUUGUGCCUUGAAUGCAGCUAGUCCAGAAGGCAACAUUUUGUUCAGUGUGCAUAUUAAUGUUUUUAAGCUGAUUCUUUCUUUUUCUAUAAUAAACUCAACAGUGCUA